AUGUUCAGUGGAUUUGUUGGUCCUGACGACGGAGAGCCCACGUCGGAUGCCUCUGAGACAGUGCAGAUAUCCUCGCUAGCGCUACUGAAGAUGCUCAAGCAUGGGCGGGCAGGGAUUCCCCUCGAGGUCAUGGGACUGAUGCUUGGAGAGUUUGUUGACGAAUACACUGUGAAGGUCGUCGACGUGUUUGCCAUGCCUCAGAGCGGUACAAAUGUCACAGUCGAAUCUGUAGACCCCAUUUUCCAGAUGGAGAUGAUGAGCAUACUGAAGGCAACUGGAAGGCACGAGACGGUGGUGGGGUGGUAUCACAGCCACCCUGGAUUCGGGUGUUGGCUCAGUACUGUCGACAUAAGCACCCAGCAGAGCUUUGAGAAGCUGUGCAAAAGGGCCGUUGCAGUCGUUGUUGAUCCAAUCCAAAGCGUCAAGGGGAAGGUUGUGAUUGAUGCGUUUAGGCUUAUUGACAACCAGCUGGGGGUUCUCGGAGGAGAGCCAAGGCAGGUGACAUCCAACAUAGGAUACCUCAAGACGCCGACGCUUAUAUCUAUAAUUCAUGGGCUCAACAAGCACUACUACUCCUUCAACAUUACAUGCAGGAAAAAUGACUUUGAGCAGAAGAUGUUACUGAAUCUGCAUAGAAAGACAUGGGCAGACAACCUCAAGCUUGGAGAUGUCAGAAGCAAGAGGGAAGAGGCCUUGAAGCUCAUUGAAAGCUAUGGAAAGGCGUUUGAGGAGGAAAAGAACCUAGCAGGUAAGAAUCCUGAUAUGGCCAAGGUCGGUAGGAUUGAUUACAGAAGACGUCUUCUCGAGAAGUGCGAGGAGAGUAUCAUGGAAAACACCAUUUACAGCCUUUUGUACUCCAUCCACAGGUAUAUUUUCACCCAAUAG